AUGAAGUACAUCCACUUUUCAUUUUUAAUAUUAACAUUGCUAAUGGUACUGCCGACUCAUGGAUACCGGAUUUUGUGUAUAUUCCCUUACAAUGGGAAAAGUCAUUAUCAAGUGACGGGAGCGUUGUGUAAAGCUUUAGCGCAACACGGUCAUAAGAUUGAUAUAAUUAGUCAUUUUCCAUCUAACACUCCCAUAGCGAAUUAUACGGAUAUAGUUAACCUGCAAGGAACCAGAAAAGCCAUUGUCAAUAAUUUAACUCUAGACUUUGCGAAGCAAAUUGAUGCUGCAUUAACAUUUCAUGUUGCCAUCACCUUUGGAGGUGAUUUGUGUACGCUGAUGGGUCACGAAGAGAUGCAAAAGUUCAUCAAGAAUCCACCUAACGAUCCGGCUUACGAUCUAGUUAUUACGGAGUAUUUUGGCUCAAGUUGUUACUUUGGGUUUGGUCGAUUUUUGAACGUACCAGUAAUAGGAAUCGUGACGGGUCUGGAAUAUGCCUUCAUGAACGAAGUUAUAGGAAAUCCCAUGAGCAGCUCCUUCUUUCCCGGCCUUUUCGUGGAAUAUCCCGUGCUUGUGAAUUUUUGGCAACGAUUGCACAACACGAUUGAAAAUUUCAUUCAGCCACGCAUAUUUAAUUACUAUUCAUCACCUCAAACUGAUGCGAUGAGAAAGUACCUGCGACAAGAUAUGCCAGAUGUUCGGGAAAUCGAAAAAGACCUGGCGUUAGUGUUUGUAAAUAGUCAUUAUUCCUUCCAUGGAAUUCGACCCGUUACACCCAGCUUUAUCGAAAUUGGAGGACUGCAUGUGGAAAUGGAUCGAUCUCAAUUAACCUCGGAAUUACAAGAAUGGAUGGACGCCGCAGAUGAUGGCGUGAUAUAUUUUUCUUUGGGUUCUAUGGUGAAUAUCGAAACGAUGUCAAACAGUUCUCUAAUGGGAUUGUACGAGUCCUUCAGAAAAAUUACGCCCAUAAAAGUACUGAUGAAAAUUGCAAAU